ACAUGUUUCACUGCUUGGAAUACUUUAUUUAUUUCUCUAUCAGGUGUUUUGCUAUUUAGAAGACGUCAGACGUGUUAGAUUAUUCAGGAGACGAUACUCCGUUUUUAGAUAUUUCUUACAUAGGUCGGAUAUGCAUAUAUAAGAUAUAGUUAUGACAAAUAGGUGGAAAAGCGCGCCCUGCGACUGUUUCCACUUUUUGUUACUGCUUACUGUGGCAUGUUUUAUGAAUGACUGUCCAAAUAAAGCUUUAAUUCAAAAUGGCGUCCGUAGCAGUGCCGAAAAAAGAUUCAAAACAAGAAGUCAGUCAAAACAAACGAGUGGAUUGGAAAAAACAGAAGGAGCUAGAGGAAGCUAGAAAGGCAGGUACUGCACCACCAGAAGUCGACGAAGAAGGAAAAGACAUCAAUCCACAUAUCCCACAAUACAUCACUACAGUACCGUGGUAUGUUGGUGAAAAUAGACCAACACUUAAACAUCAGCGUUGUCAGCCAGAAAAGAAAAAAGAGUUUGCUGGUCUUGAUGAAUGGUACCAAAAGGGAAUUAAAGAUACAAAAGUUGCCACGAAAUAUCGAAAAGGAGCAUGUGGAAAUUGUGGUGCAAUGACACACAAGAAGAAAGAUUGCUUGGAGCGUCCUCGAAAAGUUGGUGCAAAAUACACUGGUGAUGAUAUACAACCAGAUGAACAUCUGCCGGGAGACUUGAAAUUUGAUUAUGAUGGAAAAAGAGACCGAUGGGCAGGAUAUGAUGUUAGUGUACACGAUAAAGUGUUAGAAGAAUACAGCAAAGUUGAUGAGGCAAAACGACAACUAAAAGCAGCCAAGUUGGAAGAAGAGUUAGAAACAGGCAAAGCGGACGUAAAAGCAAUAAUUAAUGAAGAUGACGAAGAAGAAGAAAAAUAUGCUGAUGAAGUAGACAUGCCUGGUCAAAAGUUUGAUUCAAAUGUACGUCAAACUGUUCGAAAUCUUCGAAUUCGUGAGGAUACAGCAAAAUAUUUGUACAACUUGGAUCCAAACUCUGCGUAUUAUGAUCCCAAGACGAGGUCCAUGAGGGCGAACCCAUUUUCUAAAGAUGGAGACAAAGGAAAAAUGGUAAACUUUUAUGGUGAUAACUUUGUACGAGGUUCUGGUGAUGUUAAAAGUGUUGCAAAUGCACAGCUAUUUGCAUGGGAGGCGUAUGAACGAGGCGCUGAUGUACACAUACUAGCUGAUCCAACAAAACUUGAACUUCUUCACAAAACAUAUAAAGUGAAAAAAGAUGGAUAUAAGAAAGAACAAAAAGGUGGAAUAUUAGAAAAGUAUGGAGGUGAAGAACACUUAAAAGUUCCACCAAAAGAACUUCUCUUGGCACAAACUGAAGAAUAUGUGGAAUAUUCAAGAACGGGAAGAGUGAUCAAAGGUCAGGAAAAAGCAGUUGUAAAAUCCAAAUACGAAGAGGAUGUAUAUAUAAAUAACCAUACAAGCGUGUUCGGAUCAUACUGGGAAAAUUUUACGUGGGGAUAUGCAUGUUGUCAGUCAUUCAUCAAACAAUCUUACUGCACAGGAGAGGCUGGUAAAGUGGCACGAAAUACGGACACACCUUUGGACAGAGUGACAAUUUCGAAACCAGAUGAUUUAGAAGAGGAACCACAAUCGCAUAAAAAGUCUCUUGUGGAGCUACAUAAAGAAAAAAUAAAAGAUCCAAAAUCAAAAGAAAAGAAAUCGAAGGUUUCAGAAGAGAGUUCAAAAGAAGAAAAACUAAAAAAAGCGCUGAAAGCAGAGGAUGAGCGGAACGCAACCGUGGAAAAACUAAUGAAGUUAGACGAACGCAAACGACCUUAUCAUUCCAUGAAUAUCAACACCGAGGAGCCUACAGAAGAAGAAAUGGAAGCUUAUCGAAUGAAGAGAACGCAUUAUGAGGAUCCAAUGGCUGCUUAUAUUAAGAAGAAAAAGAAAUGAUAGAUCAAUCAUACACCAAGAUACGACACGUAUAUCACCGAUAUAAAUAAAACCAGUCAUGCAGCCGAUUAUAUAAUGGUAAAAACCGAAUUCCGAAGCAACUCCUAAAAUCAACAAGGCAAGCAAGCAUCGUUUGUGCGUACUGUAACCAUUACGAGUAUUCGUGCAAUGCUUCUGUUGGAGCUCCUGUAAAUUAUAUGAAUAAUACAUAUUGAUAUGUCA